AUGUUCCUGUGCAAGAAGGUCAGAAUACCUGCCGGGAUCGCCAGCAUCAACGAGGGCCUGAUCCCCGAGUUCGUCGCCCUCGACGCCGAGAUCCUGAGGGGCGUCGUCGAGAGCAACGUCACGGAGGUGCCGCCCUCGGAUUUCGGCGUCGAUGCUGCCCAGGCAGAGAGAAGAGGCAUCAUAGGCGCAGUGGACGACCGCGUCCGCUGGACCGACAGGAACUUCCCAUAUUCCCCAAUCGGCCGUAUCCAGUGGGGUGGCGUCUGGUGCUCGGCCACCCUCGUCGGCCCACGCCAUGUGGCCACGGCCUUGCACUGUAUCCCGGAGCAGGGCACGCCGAUAGUCUUCCAGCCCGCGUACGCCGGCGGGGAUACGUAUCCUUCAUCUGCUGUGCAGUUCGUGCUCAAUUCGGGCGUGCCCAUCGGGGCCCCGUGCUGGGAAUUCAGCGACUGGGCCAUCCUGGUCCUCAAAGAUCGCAUCGGCGAUCAGCGCGGCUACUUCGGGGCUCGGGUCAUUGAGGACCAGCACCUGAACAAGAACGUCUGGUACCACCUGGGCUACCCGCAGGACCGUGACGGCGGGACCCAGCCCUACCGACAGGGCCAGAUCACGGUGGCGAGGCUCGGCGGGUCCUCGGAUUGCCCCAACGAGAGAAGGGCCAUGCUCGUCACGGACGCCGACGCCAUCGGCGGCCAGUCCGGGGGCCCUCUCUGGCUGGGCCCCGAGUGGGAUGCCAAUGGCAACCGUUACGUCUAUGGUGUAUGCAGUGCGACCAGCAGCCUUGACACUGCCUUCUCGGGUGGUACUAUCUUUACUCAAUGGGUCGGAGCUGCUAGGAUCAAUUAUCCCUGA